GUUGUCAAGAAUCAAGCUAGAAUCAGGAUGUGGCUGUAUUUCACUUAUAUAUUAGCGAUUAUUUUAGGGGUUUUAGGCAGUAAUGUCACCUUUGCACGACAAGAUGUGACAGCUGAUCUUUUUGGAUCAGAAAAGUAUGGAACUAUUGCUGCGUUUGGGGAUUUUAACUCGGAUAAACAGACUGAUAUUUUCAUCAUCAGAGAACAAUCUGAGCUGGUGAUCUUCUUGGCUGAUCUGAAGGCACCCUACUUUAAGCCCAAAGUUCGUCUUGGCAAAGAUGACAUCCCAAGUGGUAUGGCUAUCACCAGUGUUGUUCCAGGGGACUAUGAUGGAGACUCCCAAAUGGACAUUCUUCUUACCACAGUCUCAAAAGCAACACCUGAAACCAAAGCGUUUGUCUUCUGGGGCAAUAAUCAGACUUUGGAUAAAGCUGCGAGGGUUGACCUGAACAAGACCUUCCAUGAUGAGCCUCUGGUUAUGGAUUUUAAUGGUGACAUGAUCCCAGACAUCUUUGGAGUUGUUGAAGGCACCACGAAAGUCUGUUAUCUCACAAACCGGCAAGUGGUGUGGCAAGAUGUUCUGGACGGCAACGUGAAGAUGCGCGUCCCCCACUCCAACGCCUUCAUCGACCUCAACAAAGACUUCACUGCCGAUCUCUUCCUUACCAUCGAUGAGAGCGGAUUCGAGACGUGGAUCAAUAAGGAUGGAAACUUCAACAGAACAUCAGUUCGUAGUUUGAAGGCGCCAGACAGUGCCAAGAAAUUGGGGCAGUCGUCAUUUGUCGACUUUGAUGGAGAUGGUUUCCAGGACCAUCUGCUGCCAGCGUGUGAGGAUGACCAGUGCACCAAGAGUUUCAUAUACCUCAGCCAGCCUGGAGAGACUGAGCCUAAGUGGGUGAAAGUGCUGACUGACCUCCAGUGGAAGGGCACCGUCUGGGGCUUCGUGCCCCCCGUGGCCUCCUCCUCGCCUGGGGAGAUGAGCAUCCCCAUCACCCUGCACCUGGGAGACUACAACCUGGACGGCUUCCCAGAUGCCCUGGCUAUCUUCAAGAACACCACUGGCAGUGAGCAGCAGGCCUUCUUAUUGGACAACGUGCCGUGUGACAGGCCAGACUGCCAGGAUGUGGGCCGCAUGUUCCGACCUCACUGGGAGCAGCCGGACCUCAAGGCCAUCCCCCAGGCCCGCCUCGCCACCUUCUUUGACAUCUAUGAGGACGGCAUAUUGGACAUGCUGGUGCUGAGCAAGGAGGCGGAGAAGGAUGAUCUGACCAUCCACGCGCUCAAGAACAACUUUGAGGCCGACGCCUACUUUGUCAAAGUGAUCGUGCUCAGCGGUCUGUCCAACAACGAGAGAGAGGGUCAAGCGAAAGUCAAGCCUUUCGGUGUGAACCAGCCGGGGCCCUAUGUCAUGUACACCUCUGUGGACUCCAAUGGCUACCUGAAGAACGCCUCCGCGGGUCAGUUGAGCCAGUCUGCCCACCUGUCUCUGCAGCUGCCCUACACGGUGCUGGGGCUGGGUCGCAGUGCUAACUUCCUGGACCACCUGUUUGUGGGCAUCCCCCGACCACCAACCAAGGCCAUUAGGAAGCAGGAGUGGACCGCCAUCAUCCCCAACUCACAGCUCAUCGUUAUCCCAUAUCCACUCGAUGAUCCACGCAGCUGGAGUGCUAAGCUGUAUCUGACCCCCAGUAACAUCGUGCUGCUGACGGCCAUUGCCCUGAUCGGCGUGUGCGUCUUCAUCCUGGUCAUCAUCGGCGUCCUGCACUGGCAAGAGAAGAAAGCGGACGACCGGGAGAAGAGACAGGAGGCCCAUCGCUUCCACUUUGAUGCCAUGUGAGGUCACCAUGGGAACCAGAGCAUUAUGGGAAGGAUUUCCAAAUUGCUCCCUUUCUGCAUUGGCUACCAUUGGACAACAUCUGUUUAUUUAUUUAUUUGGUUUCCAGGUUAAGACCUCACAAAAGAGGCACAGAAAUGGCACAUCAUUCAUCAUGCACGUAACUUUUUAUUUUUAAUUAUUAAAAAGAUUUUUAUGUUGUGAUUUCAGCUUUCUGUGUCUUUAAAUAUAGACACCUCAGUUAACAGAACACAAGGAAAGCGUUGUUUAUUUUUAACCUUGACCAGAAGCCCUGUAGUGGCUUAGUUGGGUCAUUUAGUCAUGCAAGGUAUUAUGUGGUGCCAAUAUUCACCUCCCCCAACCCCCUCUCUCUCUACAAUUCAUCUUUUUUUACUCUAUCUCUCUCUCUAUCUCUCUCUCUCUCUCUCUCUCUCUCUCUCUCUCUCUCUCUCUCUCUCUCUCUCUCUAUCUCUCUCUCUUCCUCCUAAUGUGUCUCUCCCUACAUCACAUUCCCUGCACUGUUAGGGUUAGUCUGCAUGACCCUUGCAUAUGUCUGGACUAAAAAAAAACUGCAGCAGCAUGAAGUCAGUUACACUGGGAAAACAAAAACCCCUCUAGUCCCCCACUCUACUGUAUUGUGUGUUUUGUUUGUUUAUGUACCUGUGUAAUUACCUGUCUCUGUUUUGUCUGCUUAGCGUAUGAGCUAAUGAAGUGUUAUUGUUUUGUCUGCUUACACUGUAACAUAGUCACCCCAACAAUAGCAUGGGGGAGCUAGCAUAACUCUCAGACCUUGUUAGGACUGUUGUGUGAAGACACGCCUGUAGUUCAACCCUGUUGCUUUGUUUGGAUUGUCAUGUUUUAAAAGCCCUGGGCCCUGUCUGGUCUGCUCUGCUGUAGCAGUGGCAGCAUCGGUGCAGCAAUGGGGUUUUGGAGUCGGGUGAGAUGUACAGGUAGACGUAACCAGAGAGACGUGCAUGCCUCACUGAGCCUGUCGCCCCAACAGCAGUGUUUAACUAAAGAGCUAGCCCCACACCUCAGCCCACAGCACCCCAUCCCGCCCCACCUCCUCCCACACAUACACCUACCCAACCUACCUGCCAGAGAGGGGGAUAGGGGUGAGGUGGGGGAGGUAGAGGGGGGAGCUAUCCCCCACCUCAGCCCACAUCGCCCCAUCCUCUCCUUUCCUCUUCUCACCCCUAAUCUCCUCUCCUCUUCCCAUCCUACCUGGCGGAGAGGGGAGGGGGGGGGUAGGGUUGCGAAGAAGGAAGGGGGACAGGGGUGAGAUGGGUGAAAAUGGGUUGGGGGAAGGGAGGGAGGGAGGGAUGUCAGCGUUCAACUAAACAGCAAGCCCAUAGUACGGCCCACAACACACCCAUCCCCCUUCCCUCCUUUCCCCAUCCUACCCGGAAGAGAGGGAUGCAAUGGUGGAGAGAUAGAUGAAAGAAGGGGGAGAGGGGAGGACUGGUCCUCUGAGGCUUGCUUGCCCUGCCUCUGUGCCUUGCCGCCCCAGCAGCUGCAGCUGUGUCUGGACCAAGAGUAGACACUGCAUGUCCUUGACCCCUGCUGAUGACCCUGUUUCAUUUGUAUCAGUGAAGACGGCUACAGAGAAAAAGAUAAAGGGAUGGGGUGUAAAUAGAGAAGGAAUAAGAGUGGGUGAUAGGAGAGAGA